AUACUGGGUGGUAGUGCGUGAUACCGGCAGAUGGUGUCCAACCACUUGAACCCUGCAUAUCUCUCUUUCGCGCCCGCCGAGUCACAAGCUCUGCUCCCGCGACAUGGCAGCUUCCUCGGAAACGACGGCGACAGCCAUUGGCAUUGACCUGGGCACCACGUACUCGUGUGUCGGCGUGUGGGAAAACUCGGGCGUGUCGAUCAUACCCAAUCGGAUGGGCAACCGGACGACGCCGUCGUGGGUGGCGUACCGCAACUCGGAGCGGCUGGUGGGUGAGGCUGCCAAGCGGCAGGCUGGGCGUAACCCGAAGAACACGCUGUAUGACGCCAAGCGGCUCAUCGGCCGCAAGUUUGACGAGGAGUCCAUCCAGGCCAAUCUCGCCAUCUGGCCGUUUAAGGUCUCGGGCUCGGACGCCGGCACGCCGCAGUACGAGGUCUCCUUCAACGGCGAGACGCUCAAGAUCCCGCCCGAGGAAGUCUCGUCUGCGGUGCUGAUGAACAUGAAGGCCGUGGCGGAGGACUACCUCGGCCGGCCGGUGACCCAGGCGGUCAUCACGGUUCCGGCCUACUUCAACGACGCCCAGCGGCAGGCGACCAAGGACGCUGCGGAGAUUGCCGGGCUCUCGGUCCAGCGGAUUAUCAACGAGCCGACGGCCGCAGCGCUCGCCUAUGGCCUGGAGAAGAUCUCCGAUGAUGCCGCGCGCAACCUGCUUAUCUUUGACCUCGGCGGCGGCACGCUCGACGUCACCGUCCUCACCGUGGACAACGGGGUGUUUGAGGUCCGCUCCACCUGCGGCGACUCGCAGCUUGGAGGGCAAGACUUUGACAACGCGCUCGUGGACCACUUUGUGGAGCUGUACGCGGCCGAGAACGGGGUCGACCUGCGGACCAACGCCAAGUCGAUGAUGAAGCUCAAGUCCAAGUGCCAGGAGGCCAAGCACUCGCUUGCCGUCUCGCUCAUGGCCACCAUCGAGAUCGACUCGCUGUACGACGGCGAGGACUUUGACGCCAACAUCACGCGGGCCAAGUUCAACGAGCUCGUGCAGCCGUUGCUCGACCGGUGCCUCGCGCCGGUGACGUCGGCGCUGGCCGACGCCGGCCUUGCCCCCGAGGAGAUGGACGAGGUCAUCCUCAUCGGUGGCUCGACCCGCAUCACCGAGGUUCAGUCCAUGCUGGAGAACUACUUUGGCGGCAAGCAGCUGAACAAGCGUAUCAACCCCGACGAGGCUGUGGCGGCUGGCGCGGCCAUCCAGGCCGCCAACCUCUCGCUCUCCACCGAGGCCAAGGCCGGCACCAAGCUCUCCGGGCUCACCCUGCUCGACGUGACGCCGCUCUCGCUCGGCAUCGAGCUUCACAACGGGAAGAUGUCGGUCAUCAUCCCGCGCAACACCUCCAUUCCGUACCGGCACACCAAGACCUACUACAACAACGAGGACAACCAGGAAGAGGCCAUCAUCGAGGUGUUUGAGGGCGAGUCGGCGCUUGCCGCUUCCAACCGACUUUUGGGCAAGUUCACCGUCUUCCCGCUCCCGCCGCGCCCGCGCGGCAAGCUCAAGAUCAACGUCACCUUUAUCAUCGACGCCAACGGCAUUCUGGAGGUGGAGGCUGUGGUCAAGGAGGGCGAUGUGGAGAUCUCCGAGUCGGUCAAGAUCGACCAGUACAAGGGCCUGCUUUCGGACGACUCCAAGGCCGAGCUCUCCGCCACAGCGCGCGACUUUGAAGAGGCCGAACGCGCAAAGGUGGCGCGCCAGGCCGCUAUGGACGCUCUCCAGGCCUACGUCUCGGAGCUCGAGCGCGAGCUCAACAAGGUUGACGACUCGGUCGGCAACAAGAGCGACUUUGCGCUCAUGCUCUCUGAGGCCUCGGCCUGGAUCGCCUCCAACGUUGGCGGCGACGGUGGGGUCGACGAGGUUGUGGAAGCCAAGGAGCGUCUCGAGCGCGCAUGGGCCCUGCUUGUGGGUAGCGAGGCAUAGCGUGGUUGCCUCGACUGUCAGCUCCACGCAAGAGCAGGAGUACGUCAGCGAAUAAAGACCACAUAGAGGUCGA